AUGGGUUUUGAUGUGGAUGAUGCAUUGGCUUUGAUACGGUUGGAUCAUUUGUUCCUGGAAAGUUUCGAAAUUAACGAUGUGAAACCGUUGAAAGGUGACCAUUUAUCGAGGGCAAUCGGUCGUAUCGCAGGCAAAGAUGGUCGAACAAAAUUCACGAUUGAGAAUAUCACAAAGACGCGAAUAGUAUUGGCCGAGAGUAAAAUUCAUUUGUUGGGUGCAUAUCAGAAUAUUCGAAUCGCACGGAAUGCAAUCUCAUCGCUAAUCAUGGGUUAG